AUGUUUUUUAAUGUCAUCUCUUUGUUAACUGUUUGUAUUGUGUCUCAUACCUUAGGACAAAUACUAGAUUGUCCGCAUGGCUGGCAAGAAUUUAUUGGCACAGCUUCAUGCUAUCGUUUUAUUCGUUUUCCAAAAGAAACCUAUGACGGUGCUGCUGCUCGCUGUCCGGCGGAUCUUUUGAGUGUUGAAUCCCUUUCUGAACAUUUAUUCAUACAAGAUUGGUUAAAUGCAAAUGAUCCAUCUGCACAACAUUGGCUUACAAGUGGUAGACGUAAUGGACCCUUUUGGCAAUGGAUAAAAAGAACUGGUAUAUUAAAUUUUCAAUUUAAUCAAGGCUGGUUACCAAAUACUGAAAUAGAACAACAAUUACGAUCCUUUCUCUUUUAUGCUUAUCAAAGUAGUCAAUGGGGUUGGUUACCACAUGACGUAACAUCAGCGGAAACUGUACCAUAUGUUUGUGAAGUACCUAUUCGAGAGACAUAUGGUAUUUUAGAUAAUUAUAGAGGGAUUGAAUAUGGUCUUCCAUCAAAUAUUGAACAACGUUUUGUUCCUCGUGCACCGAAAUUUUAUGAACAACCACGAGAUCAAGAAUUCGGACGAAUAGAUCAAAUUACACUUGGUAGUGGAAGUACAUUUGGUAUUAGUAAAUUAUCUCUAGCUAUUGUCGUUACAUUAACAUGUCGAGCUGAUGCAUAUCCAGUUGCUGAUUAUUAUUGGUUUCGAAUGACAACUGGUAUUAUAUCUGAAGCUGUUUUCGUUAAUUUAAAUGAUCCACGCUAUUUUCAACAUGGUGGUAAUUUAAUGAUUAAUAAUCCAGCAAAUGAAGAUAGUGGAACAUAUUUUUGUAAAGCAAGUAAUAUUUUUGGUACAGCUAUUAGUAAUCGAGUUUAUUUACGUGAAAUAACAUUGGGUCAGUUUGAAAAACGUGAACGACCAAAAGUAAUUGCUGAAGGUCAUCGUGAUGCUAUUAUUGAUUGUCUAUAUAAAAAUACAAAUACAGGAGAUCUUAAUUAUGCGUGGUUUAAAGGUGCAAUCAAUCAAAAAGUUCAACAAUCAGCCGAACGUUUUAUUUCUCGAAAUGGAAAUUUAUAUUUUUCUCGUGUAACUGAUGGUGACUCAGGAAAAUAUUAUUGUGCUGUUCAAUCAGAAAAUACUCGACUUCGUUAUUUACCAUCUCAAACAAGUGAAGGUACAGAAUUAGAUGUGCGUUCAACAUUUGGACAAGAACGUAGUCCACGUAUAUUUCCUAAUUUUCCACAUGUUUUUCCUACAACACGUUUACCUAAAUUGGGUGAAAAUGCAUCAAUUGAAUGUAUUGCUGAAGGUUAUCCUGUUCCAACUUAUCAAUGGUUUCGUGAAGAUGAAUCUGGAAAUUUACUUCCAUUACAAUCAAAAGCUAUUUUAAUUAAUUUUAAUCGUGAAUUAAUUAUACCUAAUUUACAACAAGAUGAUCAGGGUUUAUAUCGUUGUGAAGCAUCAAAUACACGUUCAGUUGUUUCUCAAUCUGUUUCAUUACUUGUACAAAUUGAUCCUAUUUUUGUUGUACCACUUGAAGAUCAAAUACUUGAUGUUGGUUCUGUUUUACAAUUGUAUUGUGAAGCAUAUCCAAGUGAAUUAGAUCAAUUACGUUAUUCAUGGUUUAUAAAUGGAACAGAAAUAUUUUGGGAACGUUUAACAUUAGUACAACAACAACGAUUAACAAUAAAUAAUAAUCUUUUAAUGAUUAUGAAUGUUCAACCAUUUGAUAAUGGUAUUUAUCAAUGUGCAGCAACAAAUACACAAAAUAAUGUACAACGUUUUAGUGCAGCUGAAGUACGUGUUAUUACAUUAGCACCAACAUUUGGUAAACAUACAAUGAUAUCAACAUUAAGAUCAACUGUUGGUGGUUUAGUCACAAUUAUUUGUCAUCCGGAAGGUGCACCUCAACCACAAAUACAAUGGUUUAAAGAUAAUCUGCCAGUAAAUCUUGGAACGAAUGCACAAAUUUUUCCUAAUGGAAACUUAGUUUUUACAAAUAUACAAUUAACAGAUGCAGGUAAUUAUACAUGUAUGGCAACAAACGUAUAUGGUAUUGCACAACAAAGUACAUAUGUUUAUGUAAUGCCCGAAGGUACAACAAUAAUUUCAACACCAGGUGGGCGUGAUGUUCUACUUAAUCAAACGAUAAUAAUACCAUGUGAUGCUCGAUCAAUGACUCAAAUGGAUUUAACAUUCUAUUGGCGUUUCAAUAAUGAAAUUUUAACUAUUGAUAAUAAACGUUUUCGACAAGAUAAUCCUGAUCGUCCCGGUGAUUUACGUAUUGUACAAGCUCAAUAUAGUAAUGCUGGUCGUUAUACAUGUGUAGCUCAAACAACAGUUGAUGAACAAAGUUCAUCUUAUCAAUUAAAUGUCUUUGGACCACCAGGUCCAUUAGCUGGUGUACGUUGUACACAACCAUUUCAACGUCAAGUUACAUUAUCAUGGAUUGUUGGCAAUGAACAUGGUGCACCUAUAUUACAUUAUACAAUUGAAUCAUUAACUAAUCAUCGUUCAUGGUGGGUAUGGCAUGGAAAUUAUAGUAUUCCAUUACCAGCAAAUAAAUUUAUUUCAAUGACAUUAACUGGUUUAUCAGCAUUUACAGAUUAUCGUUUUCGUAUAUUAGGAACAAAUAUGUAUGGUUCCGGUGAAUUAUCUGAAAUCUCUUCACCAUGUGUUACACAACCAGAUAUUCCAGGUAUGGCACCAGCACGAUUAGGUGGUGGUGGUGGAAAAAUAGGAGAUUUAAGAGUUGUUUGGGAUCCAUUACCAAUGGAUUUCUGGAACGGACCUGAUCUAACGUAUCGAAUUUAUGUACAAAAACAAGGAGAAAAUCGACAACAAAUUUUUAACGUACUUGAUCCACUUCGAAACUUCUUUAUAACUCAUCUUGCCGAUAAAAUGUAUUUUUAUCCAUAUAAUGUUCGUAUUUCUGCUGUAAAUCUUCUUGGUGAAGGACCUGUGUCAGGUAAUGUUACAAUUCGUUCAGCUGAAGAUCGUCCAGCACGUCAAGUUCUUAAUGUUAAAUGUAGUCCAUAUAAUAGUACAGCAAUGACUGUAACUUGGGAUAUGAUUGAUGAAAAUGAUUAUGCUGUUUUACGUGGUCGUUUACUUGGUUAUAACGUUCGAUAUUGGCGUAAAGGUCUUGAUGAACUUACAAAUUAUUGGGAACGUCGUUUUCCAGGUCAACGUUCUCGUGCUAUUAUAAUUGGUCUUGAAGCAAAUACGGAAUAUGCUGUUCGUGUUUCUGUUUAUACACAAUUUGGUGAUAGUCCUGAAAGUAGUUAUUUUACACAUCGAACAUUUCGUUUACCACCACUUCUUCCACCACAAUAUAUAUCUAUCCGACAACCAACUCGAGAAAGAGAUAAACGUGUUCAAUUAUUUAGUGAUAUUUAUACGUAUAAAAUUGAAGUUGAAUGGCGUGGUAUAUGGACAUCAGCAGAAGAAGAACCGUUGGAAGGAUAUAUGGUUAAAGUUUGGGAACAUUACCAAUCAAUUCGUAAUGCAACAAUUUAUUAUGUUGAUGGUUCAAAAUAUAAAUUAAUUAUUGAUAAUUUAUUCAAAAAUCGUAAUUAUAAACUACGUGUACAAGCAUGGUCUCUUGGUGGUGAAGGAAAAUAUUCAUCACCAGAAAAAGAAUUUCGAUUUGAUGACCAAGGACGUCUAUUGAUACUUUAUAAUCCUGAUACAAGUUUACUCUAUCAUAAUAAUGCCUUUCAUCCAUAUCCAUCUUUCAUCUUAUUGUUUAUUUUACUCAAUUUGUACUAUUUAUAA